AUGUCCAAAAGGGAAUCGGACGCGUCUGAUUUUGUCCCGAUAUUGUCAUCACCAACAUCUCCUCAUCAUCAGGAAGAAGAGGAAGAAAAUGCCAACAAAUCUGUUGCCAUGUAUUCCACGAGAAGGAGCAGUUUUGAGAAGAAAAUGACAGAAGUAAUGAUUUCACAAAAUAUGAACAAUAUUAGAUUUUCGGAAGAAACGAAUGAUGAAAAUCAAAUCAUUAUUGGUGAUCAGCAGGUUGUCAAUAAUAGCAAGCCUACUGAAAUUGUACAUAACAACAGUAUUUACUGUACAACAAAUAUCAUUAACGAUGGGAAGCAAGAAAACACUUCCAGUUUGUCAUCCUCGGAACCCCUAACAACUACAACAAUUGCAAAUAUUCCCCCUGAAAUUCGGAAUAGGAUUGGUGUGCUACCUCCACUUGCCAACAAAUCUCCUUCGAUAUCACCCCUACAACCACCAGAGCGUCCAAAAAUUGAUUACUCUAAAUUAGGAGCUUCAUCUUUUGAAAAAUUAAAACUCAUAGGAAAGGGAGAUGUUGGAAAAGUAUAUCUUUGUAGACUCAAAUCUACUGAGCUAUAUUUUGCAAUGAAAGUUUUACGAAAAGAUGAAAUGAUCAAAAGAAAUAAGGUCAAGCGCGUGCUCACAGAGAGAGAAAUAUUAGCCACAGUCGAUCAUCCAUUCAUCACCAAAAUAUUUUGCUCUUUUCAAACGAAGGAAUCACUUGUUUUUAUAUUGGAAUGGUGUGCCGGUGGUGAAUUUUUCCGAGUGUUAAAGAAACAACCUUACAGAUGUCUUCCAGAAAAUAUUGUACGAUUCUACGCUGCUGAGGUUGUUUUAGCAUUGGAAUAUUUGCAUUUGAAAGGAUUCAUGUACAGAGACUUAAAACCAGAAAACAUUUUACUUCAUCAUACGGGUCACAUUCGACUGACAGAUUUUGAUUUGUCAAAGCAAUCUGUUCAACCCGUAACACCAACAUUAGUCAAGUCUUUUUUCUCUUCUGAAAAGCAAAGUAAGGUCGAAUUGAAGCAAAUUCAGGAAUCAAACUCAUUUAUAGGAACCGAGGAAUAUUUAUCACCUGAAGUUCUUUCGGGGUCAGGCCAUAACUGCUGUGUGGAUUAUUGGACGUUAGGCGUUUUACUUUAUGAAAUGCUCUUUGGAUCCACCCCAUUCAAGGGCAAUACACAACAAGAGACAUUUCAAAAUAUUUUACACAAUACUGUCACAUUUCCAACCAAGACUACCUAUCCGAUCAGCAAGCAAGCAAAAGAACUAAUUUCCCAAUUACUAAUUAGAGAUAAGGAUAAACGAUUGGGUAGCGCACAUGGUAUUGCCGAUAUCAAAGCACAUCCAUUCUUUAAAGAUAUUAAUUGGGCUCUCAUAAGAAACGAAGUUCCUCCCAUCAUUCCAGUUUUAAAAUCUAAAACAGACACUUCCUAUUUUACUCAAUAUAAGGAAAUACCCCAAGACGAAAUUGAUGAAGAAGAACCUAUGAAGGAAGGUGAAGAAGAAUCCUCUGACAACCCAUUCAAAAACUUUAGAUAUCAAACGAAAAAAGAUCUUAAUUCAUUCGAUGAAAAAUAA